AUGGCCCUCCCUACCUUCGAAACAUCUCUCGAGGAGCAUGAAAAGCACAUAGAUACCCGACGCUCCUCGGAUGAGGAGUCGAACCUCGAAUCCAACCAGUCGAAUCAGCCCAACCUCUCUCAGGUCCCAACCAACACCAGUGCCCUGGCACGCACACUCUCCGCAGUACGCACUCGGGAAUCAGGCAGGUCGAUUGGUCCACCCCCAGACGGCGGGUUUCAGGCCUGGUCACAGGUGGCGCUGGCGCACUUUGUGAUCUUCAAUACCUGGGGCUACAUCAACAGCUUUGGAGUCUUCCAGACCUACUACACACAGACGCUGGGACAUCCACCGUCAGAUAUCUCAUGGGUCGGCAGCAUUCAGAUCUUCUUGCUCUUCUUCGUGGGCACUUUCUCCGGUCGAGCGACUGAUGCCGGUUAUUUCAAGGUCACGCUGGCCUGUGGUGCCUUGCUGCUAUGCUUUAGUAUCUUCAUGACCUCGUUGUGUACCAAAUACUGGCAAUUGUUUCUGGCGCAGGGCCUGGGCCAGGGCAUUGGCUGUGGCAUGAUGUUCUGCCCAACGUUAGCCCUAAUCUCGACGUAUUUCGCCAAGAAUCGAGGCAUUGCGAUUGGCAUGGUGGCGUCGGGAUCGGCCACGGGGGGUCUCGUCUUCCCCGCCGUGGUGAUGAAGAUGCUCCCUCAGGCGGGAUAUGGCUGGACCAUGCGCACUCUGGGCUUCAUCUCUCUGGCCACGUUGACGCCCUGCGUGCUCUUCCUCAAGCAGCGUCUCCCCCCGCGACAAAGUGGCCCAUUGGUUGAAUGGGCUGCAUUCCGGGAAAUGCCCUACCUGCUCUUUGCGCUGGGCAUGUUCUUGAAUUUCUGGGGGCUCUAUGUCGGAUUCUUUUACGUUGGCAGUUUCAGUCGAAACGUCAUUGGUGUCUCGACCGAUCGAUCGAUCGAUCUGCUCCUGGUUAUGAAUGGAGUUGGGCUGGUUGGGCGACUCGUUCCCAAUCUGCUGGCCGAUCAAUAUACCGGUCCGCUGAACCUCUUGAUCCCCUUCAGCUUCGCCACUGCCAUUGUGGCUUUCUGCUGGGCUGCAGUGAAAGAUACCUCUGGCCUGUGGGCCUUUGCGGUGUUUUAUGGCCUGUUUGCAGCGGGUAUUCAAUCCCUGUUCCCGGCGACGCUCAGCACUCUCACGACUGAUCUGAAGAAGAUCGGAGUGCGCAUGGGCAUGGUGCUCAGUGUGGUCGGGGUUGCAGCCCUCAUUGGGUCUCCCAUUGCUGGUGCUCUGGUGGUCUACGACGAUGGCGAUUACCUGUACGCCCAGAUGUUUAUGGGCAGUGCGAUUAUCGCGGGUGGACUCACGUUGGUGGGGGCACGAGUGAGCAAGGUGGGGAGUGGAAUAGCUCGAGUGUAA